CCGGAUUCGAUCGUCAAUUGUUUUAUAAAAUGCAAGAUUAACGACCCUAACUUUCUCGUAGACCUUUUCUUCUGAGCCAUCUGCUUGCGAAAGUAAACUUUUUACCUUUAAACACCUACACAUGUAACGAUAAAACAUGUGCAUUCUUCUGGAAAGACUUGUCAGUUCUGCUUCAAAUUCCCCACCCCCUGGGCAGGAACGUCAUUCAGAUACCUGUGGGUUCCCCGGGGUAAAUGUAGAAGUUUCGAAUUGAUUGGGGCUUCACAGUCGAAAUAAAGAGUUACUUUGCACUUCGUGUAUACCAUACGAUACGCGAUACAAAACUGGAAGUUUCGAAAAUUACUAAAAUAACAUUGUAAUUGUUUGAAAUAAUAACUGAUAGCACAGGUGGCAUUAUGAGUUCAUAAUAAAGAGAUGUAACUUUAUAUUUGGAAUUCACUAAACAAACUGCAAUCAUAUUCGCAAUGUUUCAGGCGAGGCUGACUUUGCAGAAUAUUUUGUUCCUUUACAUAGUGUUUCCUUUUAAACAAUCUUUAUUCUCCACAAGUUUUCAACGUGAUUCUAAGUUUCGUGUCGCUUCUUUUAUCGACCAUGUUUUUCACGUUCUUGAUAUAGUGGAGCUUGAAUCCAGCCUUGUCAGAGAUCGAUUAGAUUGUGUGCUUCAAUGUUUAGAGGAUCAGCGAUGUUUCUCAACAAACCUUGCUGCUAAACCUGAUAUCACUGGUAACUAUGUUUGUGAGCUGCUUCCCACAGACAAGUAUAACGCUUCUGACAGCUUUAAACCAAGUCCACAUUUCCAUCACUACAGUGUUAAGAGUCCAUGUUUAUCAAAACCUUGUCGGAAUAACAGCAGCUGUCGAGCCUUGUAUCAACUGAAUGAUUUCUGGUGUGAGUGUCAAGCAAAUUACUCUGGAAGAUAUUGUGAAAAAUGGCUUGUCGAAAUACCGGGGGAUGUUUGCAUGUAUGGGAAAGGCGAUAAGCCAGGGGUGUUUUUCACACCAAUGGCCGGUAAAAUCUACUCUACCAGGUUGGUACAUAUUUCUGGUAAGGUGAGCUGCACACCUGAAGAUGAAAGUAACUGGGGUUAUCAUUCCUUCAUCGACACAAUUCUAACAGAUAAGGACGACCACGUUGUUUUCCCAGAAGAUCAAAUAGCUAAUUAUUACGAGCUUCCUGGAUUCACAGGCAACUCUCCUGAGCUGGUCUUAACAUUUACUUCUCCAUUGGUGGUGAACGCUGGUCAAGAAUAUCGGCUGUGGUAUUGGGAAGACCUCGUCAACGAUACCGAAGAAGACAACAAGCCUGGAUCAUCCUGCAUGAAAGUCAUUUAUCUUUUUAGCGAUUGAUUUUCGUAAAUUAAGCGAGG